GGAGAUUCGAGUGCUGGCGGUCGGUCCGCGGCUGAGGCUGAGGGGCAGGCGUCGCUUCACGGUUGCCCGGGCUUGUCCCGAUCCUUUACCUCAGGUUUGCUCGACCACUGAGCAGUACCCUGAAUCAACAUGAAAAGCGGAAGGAGUAAGGAAAGGGAAGACAGCCUACCCCCUCUUUCUCUUCCCUAGAAUGGAGGAUUGACUUCCUACAGGGGACAGCAGACACAUGAAUAGAAGACGGAGGUUCCUCCUUGCCUCGGUGCUUGCUCUCCAGAACUCGAGCUUUAUCUAUCCAUCAUGUCAGAGGUGCUUCUCUCGGAUAGUCCUUGACUCCCAGAGGUUUACUUGUCCCAAGUGUGGCUCCAGUGGUGAAGCUGAAAGUGCCAGUUACAGAUACAGACUGUCCUUAAAAGUCGCGGAAUCCAGCAGAUUGUGUGUCGUUACUGUGUUUGGGAGCUGCUUAGACACUUUUUUUGGACUCACUGCCACUGGUUUGAAGAGGUACCUUGAGGAUUCUGGUGAAACCCCAGAAACCCUGGACAGUGGUGAGAGGCAAAGCCUCUUGACCACAGCGGUGGAGAAUUGUUUCGUCGGGCAAAGCUUUGUCUUUGGAGUGACGAAUUUUGGAGAUGUGUGUGAACAUGAUUCAGACCCCAGUAACUUCUUGCAGCCAUGCUGUCAGCACAAAGGAGAAGUCAGAACACUGGUAGCUUCCCAGAUGGUUCUGCCCAGCCCACAUGUGACAGGCUUUACUGUCAUUGACUACUUAAAUCAGCUUUUGCACAGUUCCAAUUUCAAGAAACAGCACUGCGAAUCUCAGGAGUGCAGCUGUCACUCGCUCUCUUUAGAUCACUCGGACAGUGAUCUUAGCAGCAGGUGUAGCUCUGGGAAAACAUCCUGCUUUCUGGAGUCCUGUGGCAGAGAUGAUUUUCUCAGAUUCUGGCAGCCAUCUCUUGAACUGACUUCUACUGAUUCGCAAGUAACAGCUAGUGAUGACAUUUCAGCUUCAGACCAAACCAUGGUGAGUGGUACUCUUAACCAAGACAGACAGUACAUCUCCUUUUCCAAAGCCACCGCUGCUAAGAACUGGCAUGGUCCCCUUCAGAGUGCUCAGAGCCGUGUUUCUUGUAUGGACAAGAAUAAUACAACAGGAAAGUUGGGCGGAGACUUUGGUUUACAAGCUGAUCAUCUGAGUCCAGUUUGCCCCGGUUUUCGUGAAACUAGGCUCUCUGACUCUAAUAGUUUACUCCCUCCACAAAUGCAAGACCCCUCUGAAGAAGACAAUGCAGAGUGCUACAGUGAAGCAGCAGUUAAAAGUGAGUAUUCCCAGGAUGACAUCCCAUGUUACCAGCAUCGAGACAUAAAUACUACCUCCAUCCUUCAAGAGAGAUCUGCGUUUUCAUUGUCAUCACUGAGAUCUAAAGAAACACCAAGUGCUUCCCAGACCUUGAUUUGGGAUGACCUACCAUUCUCUGAAAGCCUGAACAAGUUUCUGGAAGUUGUUGAAAAUGAGAUUGCUAUCACCGAGACAGAUCCUAAGGACAGAAAACAGAUUAUAGAUAAUGGCAUUGAUAAAUUCCACACAGACCACAGCAGAUUAUCUGUGACGCCCAGGAGAAACACUGGAGCCUUGAAUGCACCUCAUUUAUGCUUAAGAUCAUCGCAAGCAAUGAUGAAAGAAAACUCUAGGAAAGAGACAUUCUUUUCCAGCUGUGAGUCUAAUCCAAGUCCUCAAAUUGAAAAAGAAUCAAAACCCAACCAGACAGCAGAGCCUGUCUCUACAGGCAGUAAUAGAAGUGAUAUCUCCGAGUGGUUUCUGGAUACUUGCCUGUCAACUCUCUUUACAUCUCCAAACGAUAUGGAAGCAUCAGUUACCCAAAAGCGAACCCUACAACAAAGGGAUGAAAUUUCACUCAGACCUAAUACCUCAACAGGUGACUGUUCUCAUCUUAGGAACAAAUGUAAUGGAUGUGGAGAUAAAUCAUGUUCAGAUACGAAAGGGAAAUUGGCAAGCUUGUGUUCUAAGAAACACAGUGAUGUUUCUUAUCUUCAGAAAUUAGAAAAUAAGCAGUAUUAUAGAUGGUCAGAGAACCAAGAUGAUAAUUUUACAAUAUGCCGGAAACUUACAUAUCCUUUAGAGACUCUUUGCAGUAGUCCAGGAAAUACAAUUACCGCAAAAGGAAUACCUCACAGGCCUAUCAGUAGUAACUUAACACAAAGUUUCUCUGCUGAUCAUGAAGGUAGCUACAAUGCUUCUGCUGAUAUUUUUGAUGAUGUUGCUAAAAAUAAGGACAUUGGAACAGAAAUUACCAAAAUGUCACAGGAUGUUUUGUUACCCUGGGAAGCAUCUUGCUCUGAAAACUGUGUUGUAGGUGAAAACUGCAGCCAGCCUUCACAAAUACUACCCUUGCAGAACAUAUCAACAUCAAGGUGUCCAAGAGCAAGUUCUCAGUCAGACUCAGAAUCUGACUUUUCAGAAAGCCAAGACUUUGUUCCAUGUUCACAGUCAACUCCAGUUGCAGGCUUCCACCAAAGAAUUCAUGGCUUACGUGGAACUUUCAGAAUAUUGCCUUCGUUAUAUUCAAAUCUUAAUGCUAACUAUAAGAAAACAAAAAUUUCUCCUGAAAAUGACAAACAGCAAGCCACCUCAACCUUCCCAAAGAAUGUAAAAACACCUAGCCAGAAAUCUAAAAGUCCUGUUGUAUCUGGUUUGACACAACCAGAGAUCAACCACUGCCCUACUGAGGGCCCUGAAAGUGAUGUGGAUGAAUGGGUCCCCCCUACCACCCAAAAAGUAUUUCUUUCAGAUACUCUUGGAUUCAAAGCCAUGUGUUUAAGAAAAUGCCUUGCUGACCAAAAAGAGUUACCAAGAAAGAAACUGAUAAAAGUUGCACAUAAAACCAGCAUGUUUAAAAUUAAAAGUAAAGAAUAUGUUUACAGCAACGGUUGCAAAAACAGAAGUGUCCUAACUAAGCACAAUUAUAAAUAGGCUGAAAACAGGAAAAGUCCAUUUGGGGAUGUUUUUUCAGAUGUCAAAUGUUGUCUUCUUCAAACAUUGCCACUUUUAGUGUCUGAAACAAAAAGAGCUUGGUCACCAAAAUUAUUUUCAUAUGAAGUCAUUUGAACCCAAUUCCCAGAGAUUUUAAACAGAGGCAAAUCUGCUUGGAAAUUUUUGCUUUCCCUGACACAGAAAACAACCCUUGUAUUUUGAACACUUAACAGAAAAUCGUUAAUGGAGAAUGGACUGCACUGAGUGCUGUUGGAUCUUUCAGGCUUUCCUCAAGGCUGUUUUCUCCAGAAUACUAUGAUUUAGAUAACUGAGCACUUUAUCUUUUGUUGACUAAUCUGUUGAUUUUGUAUUUAAACGUAUUUGUUAAAAUAGAGACAUCUAGAAAUAAAACUUUUACAAACCAAAAUAUCUUUAUUAACUUUUAGCUAAGGUAAGAACAUAACUCCUGGGCUGUGGUUGUAACACACAGCUAGUUAAGGUCACUAAUCUCUAUGCAUUUUAUUCCAUUGACUAAGACAGCGUCAGUACUAUACAGGACGUGCAGUGGCAUUGAUGUGUUUCUUUUACAUGAAGGCUAAAACCUGACUGAAUCUUUGUAUUUCAAUACAAAGGGCAUCUUAAAUGGUUUUCACAGUUGAUUACUAUUCUGACCUUAGAAUUGUCACUGGUGAGAGUGUAGCUUUGUAUAAAUGGGUAGUACAAAAUGACAGAAGUAUUUUUAGGAUCAUUCAGAGAUGGCUGGAAAUUUUAUACUUACUCCAAGCUAAAAAUCAUUUUACAAAUCUUGAAGGCACUCGAGAGAUGCGACGGUAGCUAGUAUCACUUGCACAGUUAUGAGGGUCAGAAUUCAGAUCUCAUCACCCACUUAACAAGCCAGGUUUCUUGCAACACCCAUAACUACAGCCCCUGGCUAGCCUUUGUGCCCACCACAGGCAUGGGAACUUACACAUGGUGCACGUGCAUACACAGAGUUGCACAGCAAACACAUGUAAAUCUUCUCAAAAAAUAAAAAAAUUCAAGUCUUCGCAGUUUUUAAAAUCAAACAUUCUACAGACAUUCUGUGAGUCUAAAUAUACAUGAAUUUGUCAUUUACAUAUCUAGGAAUGAUCGUAGAAAAUAUUAUUCUUUGUUUUUCACAAGUAAACUGUAAGAGCAGAAAAUCAUUCAUGUGCAAUGAAAACACUGCAGUUCACAACAUACAACACUUUGGCACUGCAUGUCGUAACAUGCACAGCUCAGAGUGCAUGUUAUAUGUUUCCCAAAAACCUUUUAUUGCUACCAAAGGAUUUUUUUUUUUGACUUCCAAUAUUCAAUUGCAUGACCCUAAAUGGGUUUGCGACCCAUUGUUUUAGAAACUGUGCCUUUUUGAUAUAUAAAAUCAAACAGUCCACAUCUGGUAUGUUCUUGGCAGGAGAUAAACUUAGAGUGUUAAUAGCCAAAAAGAAGAGCAGUUCCCAGACGAGUCAGUGCCUCAGCUGUCUGUCAAGACUUGUCAAGUCUUGCAAUCUCCUUGUCACUUCCCUUUGCCAUUCCAUGCUGGAGCUAUUCCAUAUCUUUAUCCACCCUAUGUCACCAGCAGACAGCUAUUCUCUUUCCCUCGUUU